AUGAUGAUUAAGCCCUACGCGAGACAAGGGGAGGCCGAGGAGGACGUCAGCCCCGCGCAGUGGAUGGAGGGUGACGCGAGCUCACCCGACGGCGACGCACCUUUGACCUCACAUCGCUGCAGGGCGCGUGGCGUGAACCAUCAGCCCGGGCAGGAGGGCAGCGAGGAGGUGGAGGAUGACGAGGAGGAAGAAGAAAGAGGCCAGGAGGGUGAAAAUGAACCCAAACAAUGCGGAGCCAAGAGGAAGCGGGUGACCAAGGCCCGGCAGGAGCGAUUCCGUGCCCGGCGCGUCAAGGCCAACGCCAGGGAGCGCUCGCGUAUGCACGGCCUGAACGACGCCCUGGAGAACCUGCGCAGCAUCAUGCCCUGCCACUCAAAAACCCAGAAACUCUCCAAAAUCGAGACCCUGCGUCUGGCCCGUAACUAUAUCUGCGCUCUCUCCGCUGCCCUGGAGGGGGGUCUUUCCAUGGAAAGCAGAGCUUUCAUGGAGACCCUUUGCAAGGGCCUUUCGCAACCCACCACCAACCUAGUCGCUGGCUGUCUGCAGCUGGGCCCGGCGCCCGGCCUCGGCGGGAGAUCCGACGACAGAGUCCGGCCACCGCCGGUUCCUCUUGGCGGCGUUGCGAGCUACUCCUCGCCGGGCCUGCCGAGUCCGCCCUAUGGCAGCUUUGACUCUGCUCACCUGCUCCACCUGAGGGCCCUGAAAGGGGGGGCCUACGAGAGCCACUCGCCAAAUGAGUAUAACACAGGCGGUGUGGGGACGCCCCCCUACGAGGGGCCGCCUACUCCGCCCCUGAGCAUCAGCAGCAACCUGGUCAGCAAACAGGAGCCGUCACCUCACUAUUUAGCCCCCUCGCACUACUCCCCUUCCUCGGUGGAUGCCGGCCUGUACCAGCCUCAGACGGGCUACGGCGUACAGCCGUCAUAUGACUCCUAUCAUCCACCCCAUAUGACCCCCCGACAGAUAACCCCGGUCUACAGAGACUAG